AUGCCUCCGACAGCCCGUGGGACGCUGGAGCAGGGCUGGAGAGCUGGGGGCGGCCAUGCUCACGGCUCCCUCUCAGUCUUCGUGACCCAGGAGGAAGCGCACAGUGUCCUCCGCAGGCAGCCGCGUGCCAACUCCCUCAUGGAGGAGCUGUGGCCAGGCUCCCUGGAGAGGGAGUGCAAGGAGGAGCAGUGCUCCUUCGAGGAGGCCCGCGAGAUCUUCAGGAGCCCAGAGAGGACGGGAAACACCCCUGAGCUGGCACCCAGGAAGCGUCCUGGUCCUCCGCCACAUGGUGUGGCUGAUCUCUGGGGAGCCCCUGGAGGCCCAAGGCCUCCACCUGUCAUUCACGUUGUCUUUGGACCUCCACCUCCCAGCCCCUCUCAGGUUGUCCCCUCUGUCCCAGACAAGAACACCCAACUCAUCUGUGUGAACGAGAAUGGCGGCUGUGAGCAAUACUGCAGUGACCGCGAGGGGGACAAGCGCUCCUGCCGGUGCCACGAGGGGUACGCGCUGCAACCGGACGGAGUGUCCUGCAUGCCCACAGCCAAAUACCCGUGUGGGAAAAUACCCAUUUUGGAAAAAAAGAACGCCAACAACCCCCAAGGCCGAAUUGUGGGGGGCAGGGUGUGCCCCAAAGGGGAGUGUCCAUGGCAGGCCGUGCUGUUGCUGAACAGGGCGCUGCUCUGUGGGGGCACCCUGCUAGACCCUAGCUGGGUAGUGUCCGCAGCCCACUGCUUUGACAAGAUCCGGAGCUGGAGGAACCUGUCCGUGGUGCUGGGCGAGCAUGACCUCAGCGAGGACGACGGGGACGAGCAGGCCCGGUGGGUGGUGCAGGUCAUCAUUCCCGACAAGUACAUCGUGGGCAAGACUGACCAUGACAUCGCACUUAUCCGCCUGCACCAGCCCGUGACCCUCACUGACCACGUGGUGCCCCUCUGUCUGCCGGAGAGGGCCUUCUCGGAGAACACGCUGGCCAGCAUCCGCUUCUCGUGGGUCAGCGGCUGGGGCCAGCUGCUGGACCGUGGUGCCACGGCCCUGGAGCUCAUGGCCAUCGAGGUGCCCAGGCUGAUGACCCAGGACUGCCUGGAGCAAUCCAAGCAGAGGCCGGACUCCCCGGUGAUCACAGAGAACAUGUUCUGUGCCGGCUACCUGGACGGCAGCAAGGACGCCUGCAAGGGGGACAGCGGGGGCCCCCACGCCACACGCUACAGAGGCACGUGGUACCUGACGGGUGUGGUCAGCUGGGGAGAGGGCUGCGCUGCCACCGGCCAUGUCGGGGUGUACACCCGGGUCUCCCAAUACACGGAGUGGCUCAGCAGGCUCAUGGACUCCAAGCCCCAGCUGGGCACCCUGCAGCGAGCCCCCUUCCCCUAGCUCCCCGGGAAGCCCAGCCCUCCACUGGCACUGUGCGGAGCUGCCCUGCAACGAGUCCCGCCCGCCUCACACUCUUGGUGCCAGGGAGAGAAAGGAAGAAGCCCAGAGAGCGAGCGAUUGUCAGGAGA